AUGGUUUUUGGUGCGAUUUCAAACAUGUCCAAAAAGUGUCCUAAGAAUUUUUUUUGGACGACUAUCGGCGUGGGUGGGGCUCUUAUAGCUGCCUUUACGUACAAAGCAGUUCAAGCCCGCGAUAAGGCUGCAAAAGAUUUCGAUGACCGCGGCUUUCCUGCAAUGGCGGACUACCCCGAUCUCCGCCACCACAACAACUUGAUGGCGAAACACCUGACACCGCGCUUGUACAGCAAACUCCGCGAUAAAGUGACCUCCAGUGGAUUUACAUUGGACCAGGCCAUUCAAACUGGUGUUGACAACCCCGGCCACCCUUUCAUCCUCACUGUUGGAGCCGUUGCAGGAGACGAAGAGUCGUACGAAACUUUCGCGGACCUUUUUGAUCCGAUUAUCGAAGAGCGCCACAAUGGCUUCAAGAAAACCGAUAAGCACAAAACUGACCUGGACGCUUCUAAGAUCCGUGGCGGGAAAUUUGACGAUCAGUAUGUGUUGUCUUCGCGCGUGCGCACGGGACGAUCGAUUCGUGGGUUCAGCCUACCGCCUCACUGUUCGCGCGCGGAGCGAAGGGAAGUGGAAAACAUUGUUUGCGAAGCCUUGGACGGUCUGAAAGGUGAACUGUUUUACUUGUGAAAGAAAAAUCUGUUGCGCGUGCGGGAGAAGCACACUAAAAUGAUUCUCAAAAGCCUAGUUGUAAUUUUGUACUUAAUACAAAAUGGAAAGGGUAGGUUUGGAGAGGAAGAAGUUAAAUAAGGAUGAAAAAUCUCUAUGCAAAAAAAUAUACUUUUUCUAUGUUCACGCAAGAUCCUUAAAUUGAGUUCAUUCCAGAUCAUGAUUACGUUUUCCACACGUGGUAAUUACUGCCAGUAACGAAAUGAUUAAGCAUUCCAUAAUUGUUCGUUUUGAAAUCGCGUCACAAUGAAUUAUUUUGUGUGUUUUGACUGGUUCACAAACAUACUACUUUUGAAUAGUAAAGGAAAUUAGAAGCACCAGCCCGCCUCAGCGCAAACGUGUCUCAUGUUUUCUUAAACUUGAACUACGAAAGCGCACGUUUUUGUCCUUUUACUUUAAGGAGUAACAUGACAUGAUUCGUUGACCUCUUCACGACUUUCAGGUAACCUUUCUGGAAGCUAUUAUCCUCUGAACGGUAUGACCGCAGCCGAACAACAGCAGUUGAUUGACGAUCACUUCCUGUUUGACAAACCAGUCUCUCCACUCCUCACGUGUGCCGGCAUGGCACGUGACUGGCCUGACGCACGUGGAAUCUGGCACAACAAGGACAAGAACUUCCUUGUUUGGGUCAACGAGGAGGACCACACGCGUGUCAUUUCCAUGGAGAAAGGAGGAGACAUGCGCUCAGUGUUUGAUCGCUUUUGUCGCGGGCUCAAUGAAGUGGAAAGACUUAUCAAGCGCAGAGGACACGAGUAUAUGUGGAAUCAACACUUGGGUUAUAUCCUCACGUGUCCAUCCAAUCUUGGAACCGGUCUUAGGGCUGGAGUGCACGUCAAACUGCCCCACCUUGCCAAGGCAAGAAUGUUGCUUGUCAUAUUAACCAAGUGAAAGCUAAGUUUAAAACCCAGCGCAAAUCCUAAAACAUCAGUGGGCUAAAUAGCAAUUGAUGUGGAGUGGUUUCCAAAACGUUCCUUGAACUUAACAUUCCUUGACCUUGAGAGGUCUUUUUUACAAUAAAACAUCUGUGCACUUCCUCAGAUAUCCACUUUGCACCCUCUGCAUCCCACCAGCCUACCCCUUACGGUUACUUCUGUGCUCUUUUCGAAAUCAUGUAGGUUGUCACGGAAAAUUCUUCCAGUUGUUAGUCAAAUAUUCCCCAGAUAUCCGUGAUAUCCUAAAGAGGAAGGGUGAAGACUAUUCAAAAAGCUGGAUAAUUAUGACAUGAAUUUACGACACGCUUAUUGAGUGAUUUUUAUUAAACGUGUCUUGUUUUCUAGGAUUCAAGAUUUGGUGACAUUCUGGACAAGUUGAGAUUGCAGAAGCGCGGAACCGGUAAGAUCAAAUGUUUCCUCAAGAAAACGUAAUGUUUGUUUUUGGAGGGCGCGUGAUAUAAUCAUUUGGUUUUCAUUGAGCAUGCUUACUUGUGUUUUUUCAUUUCAGGUGGGGUUGACACGGCAGCCGUCGGAAGCACUUUUGACAUCUCCAACUCAGACCGUCUCGGUUAUUCGGAGGUGGAGCUUGUUCAGACCGUGAUUGACGGCGUCAAUCUUCUCAUCAACAUAGAGAAGAGACUGGAAAAGAACAAGAGCAUCGACGACCUCAUUCCCAAAUAAGGAGUUCGUGACGGAUGCUGGUUGCUGUUGCAUUUGCUUUGUUGCAUCGCUUGCUUACAGCUUAGGCUUGUCAAGAAACAUUGUUAAAUGAAUUGAACCGGUCACCGCGCGUGUAACGUAUUAAAGAUGACCGCUGUGCAGUUUAUCCGUGGUAGGUGUUACUUACCUGGCGGUGGGCUUACUGCACCUUGACAAGCCGCUUGAAGUUUUGAAGCAAAGAUAUGCUAUUGCGAAAAGU